AUGGAGAAACAGAGUAAACCAAUAUGGAGUAGUCCGAACAUCAAGAAGCUAACAGUUUAUUAUGACUUUGAGCUUUUAAGGGAUGCAAUGUCAUUUCACACCCCAAGCCUUGUGUAUCUCAGCUACAGAGAUUAUGCGUUAGAAUACUACAGAGAUGUGAACUUGGCUUCCCUUGUAGAAGCUAGGCUAGAUAUUCGUUAUUCUAAAUGGAUCAAAGAUAUGGAUCUAAGGGGUCUCAUUAUAGGGGUAAGCAAGGUUGAGAUACUCCAUCUUUCUGCCGCUUCUGCUGAUGUGAUUGCUCAAUGUGUUGAAGUUGAAGAAGAUGGACUAGUUUUACCAGUGUUCAAGAAUAUGGUUAAGUUAUCAGUCUCUGCAUCUGUCGGCACAAAUGCGAUGAACUUUCCCUUUGGAGCCACGUUGUGA